CUCACAUCAUCCACAGGAUAUGGCUACGCUCGGUGAUCAGGCUGUGCUCCAAGCCAUCUUCAACCCCAACAACCCCUUUGGUAACAAUCUUGGGUUGGAAGCAGAGGUAGAAUUAACCGAUGAUGAUAGCAAGUUUGAUCCAGUCCUAGUGCAACAGGCUAAAGACUUGGAACUGCAGGGAAUUUCCCAGGCAGAGUCUGGGAAUGUGGAUGCAGCUGUGGAAAUAUUCAGUCAGGCCAUAGCAAUCAUUCCUGAGCGAGCAUCUGGCUACAACAACCGAGCACAAACUCUGCGGCUGAAAGGAGACACGACAGGAGCGAUGAGUGACCUGAACAAAGCAGUGGAGCUGAGCAAAGGAAGAGGAUGGACAGCCAGCCUAGCACUGGUCCAGCGAGGUCUCCUCUACCGACUCUAUGGACAAGACCAAGAGGCACUGCAGGACUUCAGACAGGCGGCGGAUCUUGGCAAUGGGUUUGCCAAGAGCCAAGUGACCCUCAUGAAUCCCUAUGCAGCUCUUUGCAACCGUAUGUUGGCCAAGAUGGUGGCCAACCUCAGGAAUCCAGAACCCCCUGUGUGA